AUGGCUGACCCUCAAGAAGGUUUUGUUGUACCCCCGGAGGGACCGCUCCCAGUGCCACCAAACAUGGGGUCCGGCACAGCCGAAGGAGGGCCGCCUAUAGUCGACGACUUAGAAGCACGUGUGAAUCAGAUGGCGCUUAGCAACGCAGAAGCCUUAAAUGUUGCCAGGAACACGGCUGCGGCUGUCCAAAGACUCACCAAAGCCCUGGUACAACAGCCAGGAACAACAAACCAGUACCUUACGGAACUUCUCGCUGCCCUGACUAAUAAACCGACCCCCACUGACGCUGAGGGCGAUAUAAAAAUGACAGACACCAAUCUGCCUGGAGGGAUCCCAAUGAAUCCCCCUACGACCACCGGAAGGCCUAUCAAAGAGGUUAUUCAGUCCAUUAACACCCUUGCCGUAACCAGCCUCCUUCCCGCACCGCAACUCGCCAAGUUCAAAGGCGACAAGACCGGUAUACGUCUAGAAGACUGGAUAGUUUAA